AGAGAGAGAAGAAGGAUGGUGGGGUUGGUACGAGGCGAGUUGGUUCAAGCACGUGGGGCCUACUCCGCGGUGUCUCGUUCAGUAGUGCUCUCUCGGUUGCCUUCGAACGAUUUCGCACCGAAUGUCCAUCGAGCCUUCCCGACGUUAUUCGGCGCAGCAGCACGUCCCGACAAACCUAGCCAACCGAUUCAAAUCGUCGAGAAUGUGACCCAUUCGUUCGUCAUGUGGCUGUUGUUUCCUACACUCGGGCUACGCAAUCGAAGAUCAAAGGCUGGUCCAGCGAUGGCCUGCGCACCGAAAAUCCUUCUGAUCUGCACGUUACUCCUUGCCACACCAGUCACGAUCGCCUCGAACGAACGCACGACCAACGAUCACCGGGACCUCGCUAAUCACAGACUCAUCUGGCCGGUCUGGCCGUACCGCGAGAAAUUUCCUCACGCUCGUCACGAUCGCGACAGCAGGGCAGGUUUCCAACAGGCCCUGACAACUGGAGUCAACAAUUGGAGCCGGAACGACCCGUUCCCCGAAAGAAGCAGCUCGACGAUCGCGCCGCUGUUAAUCGGCGGGUUCAGGCAUCGCGUGGAGCAUCGCGUGGAGCAACGGACCACGAGACCGGAGAAAUUCAGCGCGGUCGCUGUGGCAGAGUACGCCGGUACUAGAGCCAUUGCUCAAGCCAGUUAUCACAAUCAUCGUCACCAACCGAGGGAAGUGGUCACACAGAACUACCAGCAUCACACGACCACUCCGGCUACUUACACCAGGCAUCAUCCUGGGAGACGAGUUUGCACCAGAUCGAUCCCCAGUACUGUUAGUCAUCACCAUCGAAAUGGACAAGUUAGGUAUGUUAAUAUAUUUAAUGUUAAGACCGAUUUACCUUCCGUUUUCUUGUGCUGCCCUGGAUGGACACAGGCGACUCACUUGAGUUUUGGAUGUAAUAAACCUGCCUGCCCUUCCCCAUGUUUAAACGGAGGUACGUGUACUUCUCCUGGUAAGUGCACGUGUCCCAAAGGAUUUACAGGCAACCAGUGCCAGACAGAUGUCGACGAAUGCGUGACAGAGAAGCCCUGCGAUCAACUCUGCAGAAACCUACCCGGAACCUACGAGUGUCACUGCAGGCCCGGUUUCCAACUACAAAAAGACGGCCAAUCCUGUCGAAAGAACGACACCGAAGAUACUGCGUUCGAGGCUCGGGACUUGGAGAACGAUUUCCAUGAAACAACGACGACGAAGCGUCCGACAGUUUCGUCGCAUGAUACGGAAAACGAGGUAGCUGACGAUGACCUCGAUCAGGACUACGAGAUUAUCCUGAAAAGGCUCACCAAACUCGAAAAGCAAUUUGCAAAAGGAAGAAAGAGAGACACAGAAACGACGGAUAUGACUGUCAAGGUUGCAUCGGUUGUUGAAACUAUCAACGAAAUGAAGAGAUCUAUCGAAAAUGUGCAAUUGAUGCAGCAGGAGAUAUAUGAAAUGAAGAGCAAAUUAAGAGAAUACGAAUUGGAAACAAGAAAAAUGCAACACUUAACAAAUAGAGUAUUAGAACUAGAAAAUCGUUUAAGAUUGCGUUGCAGAUCAACAAUACCAAUGAACAGUGGCUCAAUGAAAUUUUAACAUUAUUGUUGCAAACGAGAAGAGUGUCAAAAUAUUGAACAUUUUCUAUAGAUAUAAUAUUUAUGUGAGAAAAUUUAUAAGAAAAAAACAUGCUAUCACUGCCAUCUCUUUAGCUUUUACGAUAUUUUAGAAUGUAGUAGACUUAAAGUAUAGUAAAACUAUAACUUAAGCAAUGUUUGUGAUUAUCUGUAAUCAGCUUUAUAAUAAAACAAAAAAAAACUAGAA